AAGGGAGUCUGCGUUUGGCUGGCUCAUCCUACCGUGUCGUCUUCAUAUUCUCUUUUUCGACGCAAUAUCAUAGCGAGCCACAAUACGAUUUCUCGAUAAAGCAAUUUUGUUCGUCAUAUUUUUUAUUUUCGUCAUUCUCACCCCUGUAUCGACGUCGAAGAACUCUAAAUACCGGACGACGAUCGCUUCUUCGAUUGCUUCGCUCUUCGUUAUCAUCGUUAUCACACAAACGCGCCGAUAUACUCGCGACCACGUUUUACACGUACGCACCCCCACCGUUACACCCACACCCGCAAUCAUAUAUACACGCACGCGUGGACGCGUAUACGCGCACGUAAUUACGCGUAUCGGAACUUUUCGCGCGCGUACGUUUUACACGCGCGCGUUAAAUAUCCCGUGUAAUAAAAAAAACACGCGUUACGUAUAUAAAUGUAUACGUACGUAUAACAGACGUCCGUCCACCUACCCACCCCCAUGUGCAGCCGUUGAUGGUGUUCGUUUUACCGUUCGUACGUUCGCGCGUCAUUGUUGUUCCUAAUUAUCGUUUUAUUUCAUCGCGUGAAUAAAAGAGACGCAUACACACCUACAGACGGUGAAGAGAAUCGAGAGAGGAGGACGAAGAGCACUCGGUCGGGGGAGGAGGGGUGGCGGCGAGGAGAGGAUAAGAGAGGAGAGGAGAGGAGAGGAGUGCCGAAAGAGGGAGAGAAAAGAUUUAUCGAAACACGCGAACCAUCGAACCAGGGGAAACAAACCAAGCGCACCGAGUGACAACGGAGACAAAAGAAUCGUCACGCCGUACCCCGAUAAAUAGGCUGUACACCUAUACUGCUGACCGGCACGAAGAUCCAAGUGCUUUAAUUUUCCAUGUAACAGCUCUGCAUCAAAAGCUACGUCUCCCUCGUAUGGAAGAAAUUGGGGGAGGAAAAAGAGCGGAGAUAUCGUCGCUCUUCUUACUGGCCGUUCGACUCUUCUUCCUCCGCAUAAUAUACGAGACGAGAAACGGAAAUAAACAGUUUUACACUAAAACCGUUUUCGGAACUGUACCGCCUGCAGCGAAGGAGAUUCGGGAGUACCGAUGACGAUGUUGAUGGUGGUACCGCUACGACUAAAGCUGCCCACCGCCACCGCUACUGUUUUAACUUCCGAAGUUGAUAUCGUUCCACGUUUUCAUUGGUCAACGUAACAGUCAAUGGUUGUAGAAAAAAACUUCGUCAAUCCUCCGCCAACGCGACUACUUCGCACACAUCUACGCGAUAUACUUUUCUCUCGCCGAUACAAGAGAUAGAAAAACGUCAUUCAACUGCGAUAUCAAAUUUCAUUAAAUAAAAAAAAAGGAGAAGAGUACAAAUCGUACGUACGGUGUAAAAAAAAAAAACAAAAAAAGAAACAGGAUCGAAAAAAGUUUUCAAAAUAUCAGAAUUUCACAUAUCACACCCGGUGCUAAAAAUAUUGUUCGUGUAAAUACAGAUCGUACGUACACGUUGUAAAUAGGUAUAUAUACAUAUGUGUGUGUGUCUUUGUGUGUGUGUGUGUGUUGGUUAUAUUUUAUCCGUACUGUAUAGUAUGUAUGUAUAUAUACCUAUAGAACUGCUUUACCGUGGGGAUAAAUUGAUGCAACUACAAACAAGCUUAUUUCACUUGUCAAAUGUGUGUCGGUUUAAUGUAUAGUCAUUACAAAUGUGUGCGUAUCAUAAUUCAACAAAGAACGGAGACGCGACCGCAACUACAAUUAGAGAAGGACGAACAUUAAUUCUCAUGUAUUAAUCCGUACGCACGUAUGUACAAUAGGGAUGUAUAGAAGUCGCGUGUGAUACUCGUGUGAUAAUCGCAUCUAAGACAAAAAAGGAACACAAAAAACAGACAAAAAAGACCAUUUCAAGUGCGUCCAAUAACGAAUUUGUAUAGUUUUUCAUAUGGUUUGUGACAAUAACUGUACGAGGAUAAAACACUUUGAUAGUAACUCGAUUCAUUCCUUAGUACAUCGUUGCUAACUUGAUUCACUGCACCGCGGACGCAAUGUGGUAAACGUGAGAAACGCCCGCAGGAUUACUAUUUUUUCGAUCGAGACAUCGGAGGGGAAAAAAAUUUAAAAGAGAAGCAAAAACAAUAAAAAAAAAGAAGAAAGAAAAAAGAAAAGAAACCAAGAUUGAUCUAGCAUAAACAUUCUGAACUAUAAAAGCUCGGAGACUGAGGAUAUCCGAUAGGUUUCUCAACUCACGUGUCUCACGUGUUGGGGAUCGGAAGAGAUUUUCGGAUAGCCGCUCGUUUGGAAGAAGAAGAAAAAAAAAUGGAAGAAGAAAAAAAAUAAAAGAUGAAAUAAAGUAAGAAAGAGGAAGGGAGCGAAGAUUAUUAGUUCCGGUGAAGGAAAAAAGAAAUAUAACAAAGUGUGAAUUAUCGGUGGUUUUUAUAUAAUAAAUUGUUGAAUUUUUACACUUUAUUUUCUCUCGUUUUUUAUCUCCUUCAAAUAUACCGCAGCUCGUAACGCGGUGUGCACCGAUCGGAUAAGAGAAAAGAGGAACGAAAGAAAAAGGAAAAAGUGAAGAGGAAAAAGGAACUGCAGGUUACGCAAGAUAUUCGAAAAUAGCGAGCAACUCGCUUAUGAAUUGAUAGUGAACACAUGGUGGACACAUGGUGGACAUAUGAUACCAUCGCCCUCUUUCGAGACGACCAAAACUUACCGCCCGCAGUAACUAAGAACCCCACCGAUGUCACAUCCCAUUGCCAUGGGAUAAACUUCCGGUUUUAUAACAAGAGAGAUAAUAUCGAACGUACUUGGCGCGGCGAUAUCCAAAAAUUCUCACCCGAGGGAUUGGAAAAUAUUUUGCAAAAGAAUCUAGCGGAAGAGAGACAUAAAUACAUGUAAAAAUCCAAGGGGGUACCCUCUUCGAGUUUCGUAAUUUUUUCACGUUUUUUUUUAACGAAAGGGCUUCGCAACGUCUUCCGAAAUUAUCGUAAAGCUCGGACAUGGAAUCGAAUCGAACGGACCCCGGCUAAUAGAGCGCGCGAAAAAAUCUCGGCGAGAAUCUAUCGACGGUGUCAAAGUGCUGCAGGAAAGGGAAAACUACAGAAACGACAAAUGGAAGGGAACUUCGAAAAGGAGGAGAAGAAACGGCAAACCUCGAUUCGGAUAAACGUCGGAGUUCGCGUAUGAGCUGCAAAGAAAUCAACUGCAGGGCUUCGCUAAUGUUCGUCGAUUACAACGACCAUUACGUCGGAAUGGGAAUCAAAGCUAUGAAGUCCUUCGGCAGGUCCAGAGACAUUCCGGCGCAGGUUCCACCGCUGACGCCUGGUACCAACAUGAAGAUGACGGAGGCUCUCAAGGCCUCGUUUGCCUCAUGGGAGAAAGAACAGACCCGUCUCAAUAUCACUAAAGAUCCUCGCCAAUGGUCGGAAACUGCAGUGGCUCAUUGGCAGCAAUGGGCGCUCAGAGAAUUCUCGUUGGAAGGUGUUGCGAUGCAGCAAUGGCACAUGACCGGCAAACAAAUUUGCGCCAUGGGAAAAGAAUCUUUCAUAGCCAGAGCGCCCGCGUUCAUGGGUGACAUUUUAUGGGAGCACCUAGAGAUGCUGCAAAAAGAAGUCGACACGGAAAAACCGUCUCUGGAAAAUGUUCCUUCGAAUUUGUACGAGAGCGUGUGCGUGCCGGAUUUGGGUGAAUUCAUGGGUUACCAAGGUACACCGGGCGUAGCGACACCUGAACACAAGAGUCCGGCCACCCCGGCAACCCCGCCUGGAACCCCUCAAAGCCAAGGUCAGAGCCAAGGGCAGAAUCAGGGACCCCAACAGCAGCAACAACCCCCGCAACAACCGUCGGUCAUCACUCUGUCCCGCCAAUACCACAACGACGCCCAUUACUCCGGGUAUGACGAGGCCUCCGAAUACCAUGAUCUUGCACAGACCCAUCAAACCCCUCAUCACUAUAGCGUGGACACGUCCUCGUCAGAAUUUUACACCCAAAGUGGUAUCCACUUGGAACCUAAGUACCAACCGCCACCGGCGUUCAAAAAUUAUGUCAGAGGUCGGUAUCACGAAGCGUACAGCGACGGUGGAUACGGUCAGUACGAUGCGACGUCGUUUCAAACGGUUCCUGGAAGUGGUACCGGAGGUGUUUCGACAGCGGGGAACGAUCAGUGGGGCCCGGUAGGGCCCCUCGGGGAUCACCUCUCCCAUCAUCCUGCCUUUCUUUCCGGUCUCGCACCCCGGGAUUCGUCCAACCCUCAUCACCCAUCCUCCAUUGCUAAUAAUUCGGACCAAAAACCGCUUCUUCAGAACGCCAUGUUGACCGGUUACACGGGAGGCGGUCCGUGCUUUACGGGUUCAGGACCAAUUCAGCUGUGGCAGUUCCUACUGGAAUUGUUAACAGACAAAUCAUGUCAAGGUUUCAUAUCGUGGACGGGAGACGGAUGGGAAUUCAAAUUAACCGAUCCCGAUGAAGUAGCACGUCGUUGGGGUAUACGAAAGAACAAACCUAAGAUGAAUUACGAGAAAUUGAGUCGUGGUUUACGUUAUUACUACGACAAGAAUAUUAUUCAUAAAACCGCCGGAAAACGAUACGUGUAUCGUUUCGUAUGUGAUCUACAGAGUCUUCUUGGAUACAGUCCGGAAGAGUUGCAUGCAAUGGUGGACUUGAAGCCUGAAAAGAAGGAAGAAGACUGAAUAAUUUUUUUGUCAGGGAAUAUGUGCGCUGGGACGUCACUGCUAGAAAAAAAAAAAAAAAAACAGAAAGAAAGAAAAACAAACAAACAAACAAACAAACAGACAAACAAAACGAAUGAUGUUCAUCAAUCCUUCAAACUGCUAAACGUAAAAAAAAAGUUCUAUGUUAUUCGAUUAGGGAUGGGACGAUGGUCGCACCGAAGUUUCGACACCUUUAAUUCCCUCUCCGCAACGCCUGAAUAGCCAAACAAACAAGAAAAAUCUCUAUAUAUAAUGAAUAAAUAAAUCCAAAAACUGUCUCUUCUGGUUCCGAUACUGAGAUAUAUCUUCGACGCACUAAUUAUAGUGAUAGUCCCCAUAAUUUAUGGAACGCCGAUUUAUACGUAAAAAGCGAACAACACGAAAAAUCCCAUCGACUGCUACUUAGAGGGUUGAUGAUGACCACAUAGCUUUACGCCAGCGAACAAUUAUUAUAUUUGUAUAAUUCUCACCGCCCUUAUUAUAUGUAUUUACUAUACGUAGAUUUUGCUACGUGUAUAUUCGACGUACUGGUUUCUCACCUGUUGUUUGAAAGAGAGAAAACGUAUGGCUCUCUUUGUAAUAAGGUGAGUAAAAAAAAAAAAAAAAAAACUUCUGUUUGGGUUAUUUUAUUAUGAAUGUUAUUAUUAUUAUUAUCAUCAUUGUAAUAAUUGUCAUUAUUAUUAUUAUUUCCAUGGUGUGUAACGUCUGUGAAAAUUAUAUAUGCAUGUAUCAAAUACGUAACAAACGACAUACAUGUGCACAUACCUUUACCCUGUAAACUAACGAAAACCUGUAUUGUAUUUGUUUCGAUCGAUCGACGCAUUAGAUGUUGCUGUGUGCUAAACUUUUCGUAGCGAAUGACCGAUCACGAAUUUUCUAAUGAUAAAUCAAUGUUAUUUCAGCGAAAAAAAUAACGUAUAAACUAUAGCUUUCUUUAGAACAGCUGUAAAUCGGUGAUGAACAAAAAGUUAUUUCCUGAACAGAGUAUUUUUCUUUCGUUAUAUACUUAUUACACUUGAUUAUUUUGAUCCUUUCAUUAUUUUUAUUCAAGAAAUUUUUUAAUCGAAACGUUCGUUAACGGAUUAUUUCCUAAAGACAAUUACCUACAAGAGCAAAGUCGCUCAAAUUAUGCACAAUCAAAACGGGAAGAAAAAUUAAAAAAUUAAAAAAAAAAAAACAAAAAUCAAUAUCACGCACACACGCUAAUUCUUCGACACUUGCUACAUGAUAAUUGAAAAAAAAUUAAUGAAAAAAACAAUUGUAGUGAGUAUACAUAAAAUGAGUAAUUGACGAAUGAAUUAAUUAUUAAGUAAAUAAAUUUAAUCAGUUAUUAUUAUUAUUAUUAUUAUUACUAUUGCUAUUAUUAUUAUCUAUGAGAAGUGCGAUGGAUUUAUCGUGUUAUAGUUUUUAGGCUUCUUAUUCAAAAUUAUUAAUUAUCGUUAUGAAUUGUUUUGUUUUUUCCUCUUCGCCAAAAAGAUGAACAAACGAAAAAUGAAUUAGAAAAAGAAAUCAGUAUGAGUAUAAAUAAAUGAGAGUUAAAUUAAUCAUUCGAAUUACUUAUUACAAGAUGAAAAGACAAUUGUGCAAGUGCUCUGAUAUAUACAUAAAAAUAUAUGUCCCUGUAAUGUGUAUAUACAUAUAAAUAUCUGUAUUAUGAUAACAAAUAUAGAAGUAUUUUCACACAAUAAAUUAUAUAUAUACAUAUAUUAAAACAAUUAAAUAAAUAAAUAAAGAAGAAAACAUGAAAAUGAAUCGAGAUAACGAUAACGAACAUCCCGCCACAAUAGAGAAUGAUAAAUGAAGUGAAACGAACAAAAAAUAAAUGAAUCUACCCAGCACUGAUAUAAAUAACGUUUUAUCAGCCUUGAUUCUGAAUUGUUGUUACAGAGAAGUGUAUCGGAAUCUGGAUCGUCCUAUUCCUAAUGCUAAUAAUAAUAAUAUUGAUAAUGAUAAUAAUAAUAACACUAUUGAUGAUAAAGCGAACAGAUAUACGUAUUGAAUAAAAUUAAAGUAAAAGGAAUAAAACCGAAUGAAUAUACACAUAAGUAUAAUUGAUAUAUAGUAGAAGGUGAAAACUAUUCGAGAAUUAACAUAGAUGAAGAAGAAAGAAAGAAUAUGUAAAAAAAAAAAAAGUGAAAAAGAAAAAGAAAAUGAACAAAAACUUCCUUGAUGUAUGUUCUCCAUUCAGACAUAAUGUUAAAAUCGAAUCGGUCGUAUGUACCAAAGACAGGGUCCGCAUACCAUUGGUGCCUAAAGUAUAAUGACGAAAUUGUGAAUUUGUUUUUAAGUGAUUAAUUUGCUACACAAGAUUUUAGAGGAUAUUUAUAGGAGUAACUCGACAAUUUUUACAUAUUAUAUAUAUUAUACAUAUAUAUUUUUAAUGUUACAUGAUAUCUAAACACUACUAUGUGCAGGCAUCAGCUAUGUUCAUCGAUGAUGCGUGAUGUAUCUAAAUUAUUUAUGUCCCAUCCUUUUUAACAUGUGUGUUAUAUCUCGUUGAUAGAUGACACGAUAUGUGAUUGUUAUUAUUCUAAUUUUACUACAAUAAAUCAUUAUGUCUAAUUAA